GAACUCGCGCCUUUCCCCACCCCCCUCUUUUUUUCUUUUUCAAAAGUCAACGACUGCUGUCAUAAGGAGCGCAGGAGCAGAGCUUCUCUAAGAUCAAUUCAGCCUGCCUUCCCCCCUCCACCUUGUCUGCUACCUCACUGAAAUAAAAUGAAUAGAAAGACUCUACCUGUCUCCAACUCCACCUUAAGAAGGAGGGCCCGUGUAGACGUAGAAAACCGACUUAAACAAAUGCGGGAUGACGCCACAAAUUUAAUUGACUUUCAGAUGACAACAGAGAGGAACCUUGACCAUGGACACAUCAGUGAAGAGCAUUUUCAUGAAAGUCACACUGGAACUGAUAAUCCACACUGUCUAGACACUGAAACUGGUGCUGGUUUUAGUGAGCAAGAUGGCAUGGAGAUAGAUCUAGGCCUGUCUGAGGAUUUUGAGGAUGCUGCUUGUGAUGUUCAGACUCAGACAUCUGAGUCUGAUCAUUUUGAUGAUGAACUCCAAGACUCGGUUUCACUCUCUGACAGUUUAUCCCACUGGGCCAUACAAUUUCGUAUUUCCUUGGUCGCUUUGACAGCAUUAUUGGCCAUACUUCGCAUUUACCAUUCUGAUAUUCCAAAGGAUGCUAGGACACUUCUCAGAACUGAGACAGAAUACUCAAUUCUUGAAAGGGCUGGAGGACAGUACCACUAUUUUGGCAUUCUGGCUUCUCUUAGAAAUACAUUGUUAAAGUUCAAACACACGUUAGCAGACAGUUUCACUUUGAAGUUACAAAUCAACAUAGAUGGACUUCCUUUGUUCAAGAGUUCUUGUCUGCAGUUGUGGCCCAUCCUUGGUCUACUAUUAAGUGUUCCCAUGAAGGAACCUGUAGUUAUAGGUUUGUUCUGUGGACCAAAGAAACCAAGUUCAGCAAAAGACUUCCUUGAAGACUUUGUUACAGAGUUACAACAGCUUGAAAAUGGUUUUGAUUUAGAAGGUAAACAGUUAAAUCUCAAGCUGCAUACAGUCAUCUGUGACACACCAGCCAGGUCCUUUAUUAAAAACACAAAGAACCACAAUGCCUACCAUGGAUGUGACAAAUGUGUGCAGCCUGGAAACUAUAUUAACAGACGCAUGACAUACCCAUGUGCAGACUAUGCCCUACGGACAGAUGAAUCAUUCACAAACAUGGCCGAUGAGAGUCAUCAUCAUGAAGGACCACAUCCAUUUAUUGGCAGUAGUGUGCAUAUUCCAUUUGGUCGAGUUCCAGAGCAACAAAGCAGUAGCAGUAGUACCAGAAAACUGGUGCUGUGAUGGUGCUACCUACUGGCCCAACUAUAGAAAUGAUGAAAGAGUGGAUAAGGCAGUAAAAAAUGUAGAGGAACCAGGACCAGACUGGAAGACAUACGAUAUCAGAAUUAUCAAAUCAUGUGAUCAGUACUUUGAGGCACGACAGCUUCUGAAGAAAUCGCUUACAUGCAGCACAUCAGACCUUCAGUCAGAAGAGGAAGAGGAGGAAAUACGACCAAAAAGGAAGCCAAAGGCAAUUCAUUCCUUUGGGGACUCUGACAGUGACACAGAAGAAGUUUACCUGAAAAGGAAAGCCAGAGCUGCAGUAAGACGCCCACUACAACCACCUGCUCCAGUUAUCCAACCACCACCUUUCACUGGAGCUAGCAUCCACACAAUUGCUUCUUCUGCAAAAACUCCAUCACCACCACUGCUUGCCCAGAUGGAAAAUAGACCAAGAGAUGAGCCAACUCCUUCUUCAAGCCAUGUCUACAGGCCUACUUGGAAAGGGGGACGGUAUGGCUCAGACACAAUUACCUGCUCUGCUGCAGAAGUUCAAAUAUUGAGCUUACUGGAGUACAUUAAACACCAACAAGACCAAUUAACCACCAAAGUAAACUAUCUGACCAACAAGCUGAACUCAACUGUCCAAGAAAGAGAAAUACCUGACCCUGUACAGUUUCCACUACAAUCAAUGGAGGAAGUGGAGAAUUUUGAGAAAUGGCUCAAAGAUCCUGCUAACUCUCACCUGAAGCAGAGUGUGAUUUCUUCACUGGCAGCCAUCGGGGGGCUGAUGCAAGAAGUAUCACAUGGAACAUUCUUUCCCGCAUGUUCCACAGUGACAUUGGACAGAAGAUAAAUUGGACAGGGGCCAAUGGAAAGGGAGGUUUCUCCCAGAUGACAUCAAAAACAGUACUCUUGGAUGCAGUAAGAAAGACCCACGUGUCCCGUGCUGCCACAGAAGAGGAGAUUCGGAAACAUGCCAUACGAUGGUUCAAUCUGGCAGCAGACAGAGGAAGAAGGCGGCGUCCUCCUGUUACCAUCCCGAAUCAAUGCUGAGGACUUCAGUUUGUUAUUGUUACUGUUAUUGUUCCAAAAAUGGUUAUCUUUCAGUUAUUUGUCUGUUAAUGUUUUAAUGAAGUACAGUAAUGGAUCAAUGCAUCACCUGCUUAAUUAAUUUGUGAUAGUAUUUCCUUUCUUUGCCAUUUUAUUUUUUCCUUUACUGCAUUUUGUUAAAGAAUAAAGAAGUGUUAAAGGAUUUAUAGUAAAUAAACAGUAUUCUUGAUACAUUUAUGAUCCCAUUAUUUUUGUAAUACUCAUAUGCUCAUCUUGUUAUUCAAAUGGAAAAUUAGGCUUUAGAUAAGGAUGCCGUAAUUGUUAAAGAUUUUUCAUUUUCCCUAAAAUCAGUCUUCAUGUCCAAAUAGAUAUUUUAGCUUUAACUGUAGCUAGCAUGGCUACAGCAAUUUUUAAUAAGGGAUCCUGAAAAUAUUCUGGCCAAAAUAAGCUGUUAUAUGAACGGAUUCAAAACGGAUCCGUGUCGGAUCAGUUUUUCCACAGACGGCUCCGUAAAGGAUCCGUUUUGGAUAACCUGAAACGUGGACGGGUCCGAUUUGUAUCCGGUCCUGAUCUGUUCCUCAACCGUGAUCCUGAUCCGUUACUGAUCCGUCCCGCUGUGCAAGUGGACUCCGAUA